AGCUCAGCUGCGCCCCAGCAGCAUCAGGACCAGCAUCUGGCUAUCACUCAGCCACCACUAUCUCCACCCAAUUCAGGAUAAAUAUAAAAUCCAGUACUCUGGAAGCCUCCAAAAUUAUUUUUCAAACGGCUUUAUACCCUCAACUGUCCCUAAAUCUGAAAUCUUCUCUCCAGCCCCCUGACCCUCAACCACAAAACUGAGUUCAGCAUCAACUGAGUGCAAAAUCUGUGCAAAGGGCAAAGAUGCUGCUGCCUUCUAUUACUUUCCUUUCUGUUUAUAUUUCUUGGGAUGAGGGGGAUCACUGACGAGGCUGGCAUUUGUUGUCCAUUCCUAAAUGUGCUUGAACUGAGUGUGUUGCUGGUCCAUUUCAGAGGGCAGUUAAGAGUCAACCGCAUUACAAUGGAUCUGGAGUCACAUAUAGGCCAGAUAAGGGUAAGGAUACCAGAUUAUCCUCACUACAGGUGCUCGAGGAGAAAGUUUUCAGCCCAAUGCCAUUUGGCAGUUCCGUAACAUGAUCAAGUGUGCUGUUCCGAACAGUCAUCCUGUGUUUGACUACAGUGAUUAUGGGUGUUACUGUGGAUUUGGAGGGACUGGAACUCCAGUUGAUGAACUGGACAGAUGCUGUCAGAUCCAUGAUCACUGCUAUGGAGGAGCCAGCAAGAUUAAGGAAUGCCGGCCAAUCUAUGACAACCCUUACAUCAAAUUGUACAAAUACUCCUGUUCUAGUGACAUGAUCACUUGUGGCCCUGAUAACAGUCCCUGUGAAGCCUAUAUCUGCGAGUGUGAUCGGCAGGCAGCCAUGUGCUUUGCUGAAGCCCCAUACAAUGAAGAAUAUAAACAUCUGGACACAGAGAAGCACUGUGUCUAAAAUAGUACACAAUCACAUGGUGAAAAAGAAAAAUAAAGUUUAAUCUCACUUAGUUUUCUAUUCCACUUCUUUGUAUACAGU